AUUCAACUUCUUUUCAAUUGGCGAGCGCCGUCAGUUGCUUGGUAGGUAUCCUUUUCUUCCACCAACCAGUAAGAAUGGAAGCAGCUGGCAUCUUGCUGACGAUAAUUUGAAUGUGAAAAGACAUCUCUAUGCUUUUUACGCACCAGAGAUCGCUGUUUGAACGCAAGUCUACUGACGAUUCAUUGGGCUCUGCCGAUUUCGCGGCGUCCGGUCAACAUCCUAGGGUCGGAAGGACUUCGAAGUUGACAAUUUUUUUUCAAUUCGCACUUUUAUCUUUCAUAGAUGUAGAGUGGCACUAAAGAUGCCGUACGUUAAAAGGCUCGCGCUUCAGACGGGCAUAAUAUGUGCAUUAUGGUGCGCUUUUCUACAACAGACCGUCUAUGGAGCCGAUCCAACAUGCGAAUUAAGGACAGAUUGUAAACCGGGGAUUGUUUUGCCUGUUUGGGGAGGCAAUCCUUCUACUGGCGAGAUUGUUGGGCGAGCCUUUGUCUACCUGCUUGCCUUACUGUUUUUCUUUUUGGGCGUUUCGAUCAUCUCCGAUCGCUUCAUGUCAGCCAUAGAAAUUAUAACGUCGAAAGAAAAAGAAAUAAGGAUAACAGACAAGCAAACUGGAAAGGAGCGCGUUUUAACUGUGAAAAUAUGGAACGAGACUGUGUCAAAUUUAACUCUCAUGGCUCUGGGUUCAUCUGCGCCCGAAAUCCUGCUAUCAGCCAUUGAAAUUUGCGGUAAUGACUUCAACGCUGGCGAGCUCGGUCCCUCGACAAUUGUCGGUUCUGCAGCGUUCAACCUAUUGAUUAUUAUUGCAGUGUGUGUUUACGUUAUUCCUGAUGGAGAGGUUCGCCGUAUCAAACAUCUACGAGUAUUUGCCAUCACAGCAUCGACGUCCGUGCUCGCCUACGUGUGGUUGUACAUCAUACUGGCAGUGUCAUCCAAAGAUGUAGUGGACAUCUGGGAAGCAGUUCUUACCCUAGCCUUCUUUCCCAUAAUGGUAUUGGCUGCCUACAUAGCAGACCGCAAGCUGUUGUUCUACAGAGCACUGCGAAAAAAGCGAAGAAAGCAAAUACGCGGAGGCUUGACCGUCAUCCAAACCGGCGAUUUCGACGUUGUUGGAGUUCAAGUCAAGGACGGGUUUGUCGAUGGUAACCUCACCGAUGGCCGUUACGAGCCGAACGCCGCCGAAGGUGGUGGAGAAUUUGACAAUGACGAGCUUCUUCACGAUCUCACAGAGGACCGACGCGAAAAGGCUAUUCAAGCCUUGAAAGACAUUCGCCAAAAACAUCCCGAUGCCGACCGAGAGACCGUUGAACGUCUCCUGGAGCAAGAAAAUCUCAAGCUUCAACCUAAAAGUCGAGCGUUUUAUCGAAUCGAAGCCACUCGCAAGAUGGUUGGCAGCGGGAAUGUUCUCAAAAUGAAGCACGAAAAGCUUGAGAAGGCCAGUAGCUCCUUAGCAGAUGCAAAGAUGGAGAUGCAAGAUAUCGUGUACGAAGACCCGCAAGUAGUCAGGGUUUAUUUUGAUCCUGUCCACUACAUUGUCAAAGAAAAUUGUGGCAGUGUGUUUAUGAACAUUUCACGCACUGGCGGUGAUCCGAGUAACACGGUUUUUGUGGACUUCCGAACGGAGGACGGCACGGCCAAGGCCGGUGAGGACUAUGAGAAGACGGAGGGCACCAUCUGUUUCAGGCCAGGAGAAUCUUCCAAGACCUUCUCCGUCGUGAUCGUUGACGACGAUAUAUUUGAAGAAGACGAGCACUUCUACGUGCACCUGGGCAAUGUUCGUGUUGCGGGAGCGGACGGCGACUUGGUGCGCAACACGUACCGAGGCCCGGCUGGAAAGGUUGGUAAAGAUGGUGUCGCUACUGUUACCAUCCUAGAUGAUGAUUAUCCCGGGAUUUUCACAUUUGAAGAGGAAAAGAACUCUGUCACAGAGGCAGAUGGAGUGAUUAAACUCAAAGUGAUUCGCCACACGGGGGCUCGGGGCACCGUCCGUGUUCCUUACCACACCGUAGAGGGAACAGCUAAAGGUGGAGGCGAGGAUUACGAAGAUGCUGUUGGCGAGUUGGAAUUCAUGAACGACGAAACAUGGAAAAACAUUGAGAUCAAUGUCAUAGACGAUGAAGAAUAUGAGAAGAAUGAGAUCUUUUAUGUUGUCCUUGGGGAACCAAAAGUUGUCAAGGAUGAAGAUGACGACAGCGGAGCUGGUACUGAUAUCAGUUACGAUGCAGAAAAAGAACGUCUUGAGGAACUGGGGAAGCCUAGACUAGGCGAUACUUCAAAAGCAGAAGUCACCAUAAUUGAGAGCAAAGAAUUCAAGAACACAGUUGACAAAUUGCUAGUCAAGGCUAAUUUAGCACUAGUUGUUGGUACAUCAUCUUGGAAAGAGCAGUUUGUUGACGCCCUGACAGUAAGUGGAAGUGGUGACGAUGAUGAAAGUGACGAACCAACGACACCGACGUAUGGAGACUACAUGAUGCACUACCUGACAGUGUUUUGGAAGCUUGUGUUCGCGAUUGUCCCUCCCACAGAUAUUUGGGGUGGCUGGGCAUGCUUUGUUGCCUCUAUUGUAAUGAUUGGUCUGUUGACGAUGAUCAUAGGAGAUGUGGCUUCCCACUUUGGUUGUACUAUUGGCUUAGCAGAUAGCGUGGUUGCCAUUACAUUUGUAGCUCUUGGAACAAGUCUUCCAGAUACAUUUGCCAGCAAAGUUGCCGCAGUUGGUGAUGAGUAUGCAGACUCAUCCAUUGGUAAUGUGACUGGUAGCAAUUCCGUCAAUGUGUUCCUUGGGCUGGGUGUGGCAUGGUCUAUAGCAGCAAUAGUCAAGGCUGCCAAAGGAGAAAAAUUUGAUGUUCCAGCUGGUAAUCUUGGUUUCUCUGUGGUAGUUUUCUGUGUUACAGCUGUACUUGCUAUUGGAGUAAUGAUGUUACGUAGAAGUAAAGCAGUUGGGGGAGAGCUUGGAGGUGCAAAGGCCUACAAACUUCCCACAUCACUUUUUUUCUGUUUCCUUUGGGGUAUCUAUAUUAUAUUAUCCUCUUUACAAACAUAUUGCCACAUCAGCGUAUCUUUUUAGGCUUUGUCUCUUUGAAGGAAAAAUCUUUCUUUGUGGAGACGAAUAACAAAUUUCAUAGUAUGGGUGUCUGGCAAAACCUUUGAUACAAGUAUCUUAGUUUAUAUUUUCAUGAUAAUGACGAAUGCUUCUGAAAAUAUUGACAUUUUUAAUAGCAUUUACAACAAUAUUGUUAUUAUUUGAAAUCUUAGCCUGAAAGUGAUAGGAUACUGUCAUACUCCUAGUACAGAGGAGCACUACUAUGGCACUGGUUCAUCGAGCUUUUGAUAGAUAAGCUUAGUACUUCUCAUUGGCUAUUGCCAUCUAUAGAUAAACAGGUCAGCAACCUGACUUACCUAAAUAGGGAAUGAGGGAAACAGUGCUUUCACUGGUUUAAUUUAGAAACCAGAGUGGCCAACAAAAAGCAUCCGAUAAAACAUAAUUUGUUACAGUUUAUCCUUUUGCAGAACCCCUGUCUCCCUCGAAGAGUUGGUCUGUUUGUUGUGUCCUUCUGUGGUAGGAGUAUGACUCAUUUUUGGACAGUAGCUGUACAAAUCUUAUCACUCUUUUUAAAGAUUAGAAGAAGUCAUAUUUAUAGAUUCUUCUAAUGUACAUGUGUUAAUAUCUGUCACAAAAGAUUUAAUUUUAUUUCGUAGAUUUUAUUAUCAGUUAUUUAUUUGUCAUAAUUUUAUUUGUUUUCACCGUUUUGCUAUUCUCUAGAAGUUAUUCUCUUUGACAGUUAAAUUCUCCAAGGUAAAUAAUUUGGAACUUCACAAUAACACUGUCUACACUCAACUUGAGCAAUUCACGGUUUGAUAUGAACCUUUCCCAUAGUAAUGUAUCUUUGAAUUUCCACUCUUCAAACAAAGAGUCUAAUAUUCAUUGUAGUGUGAAUUGAAGAAUAGAUCUCCUACUCUACCCAGCAAAAUGCAAAACAUUCAGCCAAUAGUGUCAUGUGGGGGUUACAGUGAAUGGGAAUCACUCUAAAAUGCAUUUCUGGGUUUAGUUUGUGCAACAGCUAUGUGAGAAUUUCCAGGGAAUUUUACACGGGAGUUCGAAAGGCUGUGAACCUAGAACCCAUCAAUUGUCUCUCUGGUGUGCAUCACUAUGAACAUUAAACUGUUUAUUGAAAAGUGGAACAUUGAAACAAAGAAUGAAGAGGAAUUUUUUACAUUAUUAUUUUUCUCUAAGUGUCAUAUAAAACUGAUACAUUGGGAGUGCCUAUAGAGUAAGCUUGCUCAACCUCUUAAAGUGUCUAUAUCACCCAAAGAAACUUUGGGAAAAACCCUGACCUAUAAGCAAUAUUGACACUAAAACCACAGCCAUUGACAAAAAGCAAGCAUCUGGGCACUACUUCUUUACUGAUAUUUAUGCUAUUUGCUCAGAUUUUGUCCAUCUGGUAUAAUAGCUGCAGCAAGAAAAUGUUUAUAUUUCACAAUAGAAAAUAGGGCAGGCCCCAAAAUAUUUAGUUUAGAAGUAAUUGGUCAUGUGCUCUUCAAGGUACCAGAAACAAUGUAAAGGACCCGGUAACAGCACAAAACAGUUACUUCAGAUCACAGGUAAUCAACACGCACUGUGUAGUUUGUAUGGAUUUCAUUAUUCAUUACCAAAAACAUCUCGCUUUCCUUCUAAAAGCUACAGAAAAGUCCAAAAGCUUAUGUGGUGUCCUUCUGCUGUCUUCCCAAGCACCUUUGUAGCCACUGUAACUUUUCUUCAAUCGUCUGUUAGAAUCCCAGAAAUGGUCUUCAGAAGGACUUAGAAAGACAGGAAAUAGGAUACCAGUGUGAUGUGAAAUGUGUGGUUCCAGAAAAUAUCCAUACUCCCCCCAUAGAAGGGAUUGGAAUUUCCUGGGGGUAGGGGGGUUCUA